AUAAGCUUUCCGGUAGUGUCCAUUUGCAAUGUGAACCAACUGAACUGGGAAAGGCUGGAAGAAGCCAAGCGACGUUAUCUGAAGCCCGAUGUAACGGCGAAAACUCAAGAACUCUUUGAGCUUGUUGUUGCUAGUUUUGAUCACAUAAAGUUUGCCGGCUUUCAGAGUUUUAUGAAAUUCGAAAACAUCUCUCUCGAUGCGUUGAACUACGUCAACUUUACCGAAGUAAUGAUAUUUAUGACUUGGCGUUGCGAGGAGUUCUUGAGUCAUUGUGUGUGGAGUCAUUUCCCCAUGAACUGUUGUGACAUCUUCUCUUUGCGACGCAANUUCAACACCGUGGAAACGGAUGAGGGACGUCAAAAGCAAAAGGUUGAUGCACUGUGGCCUUGGCAUACAGGCGCCGCCAGUCCGGGUAGUGGACUCAUCGUACGCGCGCUAAUCAAUCCUCAGAAACACUAUCCGAGAAGCACCAACGAGAAGGGUGUUAAUGUUAUGAUUUCGGAGCCAAAUGUGUGGCAUACGGACCCUAUCAACAUAUUGGAAAAUAUGCAUGCAUUGGUGGACGUGGAACCCGAAAUGUAUUUUUACGACAAUACUACUCAGCGAUUGAGUUCUAAGCAAAGAGAGUGCAUUUACAAUGACGAAAGGAAAUCCACGUAUUUUCGUACACUUCAUGGUUAUGUUUAUAUGAUUGAAAAUUGCCAAUCGGAGUGCCAUCAACAGUACUUGUUGAAAUUUUGUAACUGCACAUUGGAUUUGCUAUUUCCACCUGGACCCUAUCCCAGCUGUCAAGCGAAGGACCUGUUGUGUUUGGCGCAGAAUAAUGAUCGCUUUCUAUACUCUCGCAGACAGGAGAAGAAAUUAUAUGUACGCAACUAUGAUGAGGCCAUGGUCUGUGACUGUUUCCGCAAUUGUCACUCGCUCAAAUAUAAAACGAAUGAACGCUCAACAUCUCUAUCGGAGAAAACGCGUGAUAAUCACUCAUAUGUCGUCUUAGAUAUACAUUACCGUUUCGAUACAAUGAUGGUUUAUCGCACAGGUUUAGUCUUCGGUUGGGUAGACUUAAUAGUUGCCUUCGGUGGACUUGCGGGUCUCUUUCUCGGCUGCUCGCUAAUUAGCACCAUGGAGUUGGCCUACUUUUUGCUCGUCGACCUGCCCACCUUUGUGCUGCAAAAAUUUCGCAACAAUAAGAGUAAAAUGCAAAAUAAACCACAUCCGGGCGUUAGACCCUUGCAACAUUUGCAAGUAAAAAAUAAUAAUUGGAAGCAACAAUUGAACAGGAAAAGCCAGCUUAUUGAACCACAAAGCUACGAAAGACUGUACAAUAAUAUCAAAAUUAACGGCAGGCCGCCGCUUAUCACAGACUGGCAGGCGCCACAAAUCGCUAAAAUACACCACUGGAGAAGCUUUAUUAACAAAUGAAUGAUAGGGCGAUUUAAUGAUAUUAAUUUUAAACAUAAAUUACUUUUUUAUUAAACUAUAUUCUUACCUAGUGCUUAAAUUAAAAAAUGUUACUACACAUUACUCUGAAUAUUUACUGAAUACUCAAUGCAUAAAUAAAAUAACUUAAAAAACCAGUAAAGCCGUAG